AUGAGGACUCCCCCGAUUUCUGGACCGCUCCGCAGGUUGGUUGAAGAGUGCGUCAUUUUGUUCUAUGGGCCCUCCUUCGUGCAAGGUGCCCCUGUGGAGCGCCUUGAUGCCGCCCUGCCACCUCAGCCUAAAAAGGUGGAACUAGGUACACCUUCCAAGCCCGUGUCCAGGGUGUUUUCGGCACAGGCCCGCCUGGAGCGGCUCAGUGCUUCCCUGUCUUCUCGGCCUGAGAAGGCAGAGGAAGGCUCGCCUGCCUCCGUGAAGCCGGACUCGCGCCCCCCUGCCUUGGAGCACUUGGACCUUGUUCCGCCCCUGGAAGUGGAGCCCGCGUCCGUGUCGCCUCCAGAGGGCAAUGCCGGCAAGACCGCCACGUCAGUUGCGGCGACUGCAGGGAGUCUCCCCUCCGCCUGGAACGGAGCGCCGAGUCCGCCCAAGAGCAGCCUGCGCCCCACCGCGCCCGCGUGGGUCCCGCCGUCGAUGCGCCCUUCCGGCCAGGCACGGGGUUUGAUGCCCCCCAGACCGAGGUCACCGUCGGCGAGCAUGCGACCCGUGGCACUGCCUACUCCACCGCAGUCUCCCCCCUCGAAGAGCGCGUGGAGUGAUUUUCUGGUGGGCCAGAGCUACAUCCAGCCCCCAAUGCAGUACAAGUGCCCGGCACAGGGGCGAUUUGAUCGUUUAAAAAUGCCCAAGCUGAACGAGGUGAAAGCAGAGGUUCAAGUCAAACCAGGUGAUGCUGCUCCUAAUUGUGAUGAUUUUCACUGGGAGGGAAAACUGUUUGAUGCGCUGUGCACAGGCAAUCCCGUUCCAGUUUCUAAUGGUAAUCAUGUGCCAGUUAAACUUGAGGUCCCAAGCAGUGAUCGUGAUCAAAAAGUAUCUGAUUUAGACGGUUUUACUACUCCGCCAUACAUGGAAGGAUCCUACGAUGCAAGAAAGAAUAUUCUGCCUAGUGUUAAGGAAGAAUGUCAUUCUGAUACGGAGAGGAAAGGAGUGAGUGCGAGACUGAAGUUAAGUAAUAAAUUUGCCGAGGAGAACAGCGAUCAGAACAAAGCUGCUCCUAUUGGUGCACCUGUCUCUCGGCCUGUGGUCCUCAUCUGUGACGACAAGUCUAUGUCCACGAUUCCUAAUGACUUGUUCACCUGUCAGUCUAAUCGCUCAGACUCUCAAGUUUCGGGACCAGUCAACUCCCUUGGACAAUCUGCCAAUGCAGUAACAGGACAUUCUCGCCAGGAGCCUGCUGGCAAGUCUCGUGGGCAGUCUCAAGUUAACCACACAACCUACACUAACUGCGGGUGGAGCAACCAGCAGAAGCCUAGUGCACAAUCUGCAGCUGAGUUGGCUGCAUCGCACAGUUUUGUGGUCGCAUCUCCGUGCGUCGUGGUGACACCGCUGCAGUCCGGCGUCGGGCUUACGCCUCUGAGGAGCUUCGCCGCACCUACGUCUGGCCUCGCGCCGCUGUCGGUGCUCGGGCCCGCGCCGCCCGCGCCCCCGUGUUCCAGCUACGGGAUGCCGUCCCCGGCACCCAACUUCGCGCCCUACUUCUCGGCGCCUCGUCCGGCUUCGAACUUCGCGCCGCACUUCUCGGCGCCUCGUCCGCCUUCGAACUUCGCGCCGCACUUCUCGGCGCCUCGUCCGGCUUCGAACUUCGCGCCGCACUUCUCGGCGCCUCGUCCGGCUUCGAACUUCGCGCCGCACUUCUCGGCGCCUCGUCCGGCUUCAAACUUCGCGCCCGACUUUAGCGCGGCGCCUCGUCCGGCUCCGAACUUCGGGGCGCUACCUUCAGGUCCUAACUUUGCGGCGCCACCUUCAGCUCCAAACUUUGCGGUGCCACAACCUCCUGCCAGCAAAGCGGUGUCUCAACCUCCAGCUGCCAGCAAAGCAGUGCCUCAACCUCCAGCUGCCAGCAAAGCAGUGCCUCAACCUGCACCUGCCAGCAAAGCAGUGCCUCAGCCUCCUGCUGCCAGCAAGGCGGCGCCACCACCAGCGACUGACGCGGAGGCUUCCCGGCCGUCCGUGUGCGCCGACGCCCUGGCCGAAGUCCGCGGCCUGAUCGAGGAGGCGGACGCUUGCCCGCGCCCGCAGUCCCCCGCCUGGGAGACGGUCAGGGCCCGGAGGCCCCACCUCAGCCGCGCGGCCAGCCCCUCCGGCCCCGCCAGGAGCAGGACCUCCAGCCCGGCCGGCCGCUUCAGCGUUCUGAGCACCGAGAGUCCGACCAGUUCCGGCUGCAGCUCCAGGGCCACCAGCCCCGCCCGGACCGACCGCAAGACCGACGUGCCGCUGUGGCGCCGAGGGGGCGGGGACGCCGACGCCAGCAUCAAGACUUCGGGGGAGUGGGUGCACUGGAAGACGGCCACCACCACCACGGCAAACCCUUCGACGCCGUCCUGCCCGUCGACUGAGUCUGUCCCGCCGGCGCAGGCGCAGCGCGAUGCCCCGGUCUCUCUCAGACCCGAGGCCGCGUCUGCGAAGCCAGCCGCACCGCCCUUGCCGGUGUGCAAUUGUGUAUGUUCAUCUGAUUGCAUCAUUGCCACGUACAAGUAUUACAGAGAUCUCAGGCCUGGUCCGCAUGUGGAGAGGAGAUGCCUCAAGAAGGGGCUCCUGAAUGGGGCUCCCAGGCCUCGCCUCAGCAGCCGGCUGGUGAUUAAUUAGAUUAAUUAGAUUAAUUAGCUAGUCAGGUCAUGUUGUGUAAUUAGACAUUGUAAUUUUGUAAUUAUAUGUUUAAGACUAAUCUGAAAAUGGCUCAGUGUGUUCAGGGAAAAUUUGGAAAUGGUUCAUCACUAUGGUUCACUGAUGUGUAGUUUAGGUUUCGUGGCAGUGCAUGUGCCAGCUCUUCAAGUCUGUAGACUUAUUUGACAAGCUUGUGGUGCAAGUGACGAGUAUGAACACAAAGUGUUAAUGUUAAUGUGAAAAGGAGAUGCCUUAAGAAGGGGCUCCUGAAUGGGGCACCUCGUCUGAGUAGCCGGCUGGCUAUUAAUUAGAUAAGCUAGUCAGGCCCACAAUAAUUUUCUCCAAUCUAAUUGGCAUUAUAUUAAAAAAUGAUCUAAUUUUUAAUACGUAACUUCAAUAAUUGGUUUGCUUUUGCUACACAGCAAAAAUUAAUGUAAAUAUUAUUCUAAUGACUUCGCUUUGUGAUCAAUAAUGAUGUAUGUUUAUACUUUCUUUAAUAAAUUUGUUACGUCAAAUUUU